GAUCAACCCAUGCAUUCAACAAAGGAAGACCGAGAAAGCACUCCAUUUAGAAUCAAUUAGAAAAGAAUUCACGAACUUCCUUCGGUGUAAAGUGAAUCAACAUAGCUAAGGAGACUCGACUAAAACCCUUACCUCUUGUCCUUCUUUAUUUCAUACAUACAAACUUUAAAUAUAACUAUUUUUCUUUUUCUUCUUGAUCUUUUUUUACCCACUUAAGCUUUUUGGGACCUUCUGGGAAUGGAUCCUCACGUACACAACCCUUGACAAUGAUACCCUAAGCAAACAAAAUAGGAAAGAGAAACAAGAAAAUAAAAUAAAAUAAAACAUAAAACAAGAAAGAAAAGAAAAGGAAAAAGAAAACAAGAAAGAAAAUAAAAUAAGAAAGAAAAUAAAAUAAAACAGAAAACAAGAAAGAAAAGAAAAGGAAAAAGAAAACAAGAAAGAAAAUAAAAUAAGAAAGAAAAUAAAAUAAAACCCAAUAAAACAGAAAACAAAAACACUACUGGACACUUCGGGGAUUCGAAAGCAGGACCUGGUAGUUGGGACUAGUGAAGGCGCGCUGACCAACACGUACAUGUACACACUUGUGUCAAAACCUAACAACAGCUAGAAUAUAAGCUUGUGUAGCAGCUGCAUCUGUCAUUUGAAAAAACCCUAGCUAUUCUUGAACACGCGCGCUUUGGAUUCCCUUGCAGUCGCCUCGAGCCUAGAUAAUUAUGUUCCUUUCUCUUCUGAACAUCACCAUAUACUUAGCUCCACCCUUUAAUUAUAAUGUUUGAAAUAAUGAUUAGCUUCACCCUUUAAUUAUAAUGUUUGAAAUAAUGUCACAUUCUUUUUGGGACCUUCUGGGAAUGGAUCCUCACGUACACAACCCUUGUGAAGGCUCCAUCUUUCUCUUUCUUUGUUAGAUACAAUUGUAAUUUCUCGAAAUAGACAGUGGGUAAUAUUUGGUUAAUUUGUUUUGACAAUGAUACCCUAAGCAAACAAAAUAGGAAAGAGAAACAAGAAAACAUUUUAUAUAAUGUCUAUACUUAUGAAGAAACAAGCAGGGUACAACUACAAUUAGAUUAGACAAAAGCGAGAGUCACGAGGCUUUAAUUAUAACGCAGGGCUCCUGCUCAUUAUAAUCAUUGUUCUUACCCUUUAAUUAUAAGCAUUUUCCUGUGCUCACUGUUUUUGAAGCAUUAAACUUUCUUUUGUAUCACAUUAAAAUAAAAAACUUUCCAUGUCAAUCUGCUGUGGGAUUCCUAUCUAUGUUUUGCAGUUGCAACAUGGUUGAACAAUGGACUGGAUUCGAACUUCUGCAGAAAGCGCUUUCUGUAUUUAACUUUUCCAAAGCCGGCAACAAUUGAACUCAACUUCUGCUGCCUUUCAAAUUUCUUUAAUUCUAAAGGAGGUACUUUUCUAUGCUAUGCUUUGAAAAUUUUGCCUCUGCACCCAAUUUGUCUGUUGGAAAGAACAAGUUGCGAUUGUUUAGAGAAAUCUGGAUAUCAUUUUGCUUUCUUGAUUUGGAUAUGAUUUGGGGUCUGUUGAAUUUGCUUUAUGAAUGUUUAAAUUUUCUCUAACAUCAUCAAAUUCUCAUUUUAAUUGCAAAACAAAUAAGCUUUUGGCACUAACAAAGAUACGAACAGAACAAAACAAAUAAGCUUUUGGCACAAUUUUUUUUCUUCUACACUCUUUUAAUUGCAAUCAACUAGCUCUAUAUAUUUCUAAUUCAGGCUGAAGCUAUAUGAGUAAAUAUCAUUUAGUUAACUGCCACAUAAUUAAUGAGUGUUUGAGUUGUAAACUUAGUUAAGAAUGUGCACAAUUAUACUUGUGAGUAGAUUACCUUUUCAUUUGUUGUGGCAUGUGUCUAGUUGAAUGACUUGUAUGAAGUAAAUUGUUUUUGUACGGUACUUGAUGCACUUUUAUUUUGUUGGCUAUGAAAAUGGAUAAGUAGUUUCCUCAUGUUUUGAAAUUAAGAAUGUUGGUAGCCUACUUACUUACUACUUUGGCUGCUAAUUGAUUAGUUUCAAAUGCAAGAAAGGAUUAGUGUCUAAUGUUAUAAUUUUAUGGUUCAAAAAGUGUAUAGAUGUCGCGGUUGAUCAAUUGUCGUCGGAGUGUGACCAAUGAGCCUCCUGCAUUAUCAACAUCUACUGCUCCAGGCGUGAGUGCUCCAUUGAUUGGGGAGCCUACACCCCUUAGUGCACGACGGCCUCACCGACGCCGCCGCGAGCCGGAGCCUUCUGAUCACACUUCCUCGGCAUCCAGAGUCGAGGGUGAGGCCUCCCAGCCAGGUAGUUUUUUCUAAUUCUCGAUCACUACGUUGUAUUUUUCUUUUAUCAUUUUAAAAUUAUUAUUUUUAUGAUGGUGAAAAUUUGCUGGAAUGUGACAAUGUGAUGGGGGUUGUGAAUUACUAUUUUAAGGUUUUGGGAAAUGCUAUACUAUUAGGGGAGGUUAUGUCAAAUUUUCUGUAAAUUUAAGCUUAGGGAUUUCACCAUUUAAUUAUUUUUGGCCAGCUAAAAAAAACACCAGGGGGCCUAGUCGAAUGUUGAAGGAGGCACAGAGCGUACGUUUGACCGGCUCCAGGAUCAAGAUUGAGUAUGACCCGCGACAUCGUGGAGCGGCUACCUCACAGCAGCAUAACAGCGUCGCUAGUAGUUGUGGUGUUGUUAUUAAACAAAAUUGUCCUAUGCAGUGGGAGUCUUGGGCAGAAAUUCCCGAGGAGACGAAGAAACUAGUGCGAGAAAACUUGUCGGUUAGUAUAUUAAUUUUUAGCCUUUAUCAUUUUUUUAAUUUUGUUUACAAAUAUUUAAAACCAAAAUAUAUUAUCUUAAUAUUAUUAAAUUUCUUACUAUUAUUUUAUUAUUUUUCAUAUUCGUAGGCCAAUUUUGAUCUUGACGACAUAUCCCCUGAGGUCAUGGCCUACUUAGAGGAUACCUUAGCAAAUCGGUACAAACAUUGGAAGAACUAUCUUCACACGCAUUUUAAGCGAUGGGAUGAUCCGGAGUUUGCUCGCCUACGUGGUUGCCCAACCGAGCUGCAGGACCGGCCGGAGGAUUGGGAGUGGCUCUGCAAACAUUUUACGGACCCAAAAUUUGUGAAGAAAUCUAUUGCUGGCAAGAUAGCUCGGGACUCAAAGACACUUCUCCACCAUUCUGGUUCGAAGCCCUUUUCGUAUAGGAUUGAGGCACGACGUCAGGAGGGUUCUAAGUUCCCAGAGAUCGACAUGUUCGAGGACGUUUACGUUCGACCUGGUGAUGAGAUGGCUAAGCAGCUUCAUGUAAGUAUAUGUAAUUGUUAUUAUUCUUAUAUGUAUGAAUCGUUCAAAUAUUAUUUAUAUUAUGUUAUUAAACAUUAUAUGUUUUUUCCUUUAUUAUUACAGGAUGCUAUGGUGGAACAGCGCACUACUGUUCUCCAAGAAGCAACAUCACAACUUCCCCCGGAGACCUUGAUCGAGGACGCCACGAUACCCGAGGAUGCAGGUUUUCAGAUCCUGACUAAUGUCAUGGAUCAAAACUUCGGUCGUCGUCCUGGCAAAGUUGUUCGGGGUAUGGGAAAAGCGCGAGUUCGUGAGACGGGUGCCUCUUCUUCCAAAUCAAACACAGGAGAGGUCAGUGCAUUGAAGGAGGAAGUGACAACCCUAAAGGGUCAACUUGCGGUCCAGAGUGAGCAAAUGAGGGCCCGGGACAAGCAGAUGAGGGCCCAGGGCGAGCAGAUUAAGGCCCAGGGCGAGCAGGUGAAGGCCUAUGCCGGACACAUGAGAGACCUUGUACGAGCCAUACAGAUGUCUGGCCUCCAAAUCUCACUACCAGUACCUGAUCUUCCUACACCUUCGACUUCUGAGCCACUUUCCCCUACCGAUACCUAGUAGCUUGAUGUAUCAAACCUAAAAGACUACUUGUAGUUUUUUCUUAUUUUUUUGUUUGGACAUUUUGUAUGUAUAUUUUCAUAUAUUUAUAACUAAAUACUUUUCGUUGGUUAAUUAAUUAUCGUUUAGAGUUUAAUUAAGAUAUUUAUUAAAAAUUUAAAAAAUAUUUUUUUUGACCAAAACAAAAAAAAGAGGUUUGCGCGACGUAGGUAGAAUCUUCGUCGCGCCAACCUCUUUGCGCGACACAAGACUCUACGUCACCCAAAGUGGCUUUGCGCGACGCACAACCAUACGUCGCGCAAAGCCACUUCACGCAACG